AUGGUCUGGGGCAUUCGCCAGAAACCCGACACUCCAGCUCCCCCGCCCGAUGUGGACCGGUCCGUGACGGGGGAGAAGCUCCCUACAAAGUUGCAGCGGCUGGUCGACCAAGACGAAGACAUCUACGAUGACCUCUACUCUCCCUACUCCAUCGACUCAACCGACACCCCAUACCGCUACGCCGCAUACGCCAACCGCAUCCGCACAAUCCUCCUCUCCGCACACCGAUACGUCGCCUACACCUCUGACAUCGGCGAGUCCUUCCGCCCAGUCGCGCACCCGUGGCUCGUGCGCAGCGCCUACGGUAUCUCCUGGGCUUACCUGAUAGGCGAUGUCAGCCAUGAAGGUUACAAGGCGUACCUGCGCAACCGGCGCGCUCUCGUGCCUCCCGGCGAGACGUACAAGGAUGCGAGUGAGCUUCCGCAGGACCAGGUUAUCCGUGGAAUGGCCACGGGCAAUAUUGCUGGCCCGUUGAAGGGAUUGAAUGGCAAGGAGUCUAAGGAGAACGAUACUCUGACUCCCUGGCCGACGACGGAGAUCUCGCUUGCUGAGGACUAUCGCAUGGUUAUGGCGAAGCGCGCUGUAUUCCAGGGUAUUGCUAGUAUGGGAUUGCCUGCCUUUACUAUUCAUAGUGUGGUUAGGUACUCGGGGCGUAUGGUGAGGGGUGCGAAGAGCACGUAUAUGCGCACGUGGUUCCCGAUUGGGCUCGGUCUCGCAGUCGUCCCAACCUUGCCAUACCUCUUCGACCACCCCGUCGAAGGAGCGGUCGACUGGGCCUUCGGCACUGCCUUGCGCAUCUACGGCGGCGAGGACGCCGUCCGUCCACUGCCCCACCACGCCCACCAUAAGAGCCCCGGCGACGACAAUGGCAACAGUGUUUCAGCCGCUCAGCUCUCCUGGGAAGAAUACAAAGGCGAACGUGAAAAGGCGCGCGAGCUCCGACGGGAGCAGGACGGUGGUUCGUCUUUGUCGGGCUGGUUGGGGAGCUUUUCUGGCUCUGGUAAGGACAAGAAAGAAUAG